GCUUACCCAACCCCCAGGUUUCAACUUUCAAAUCCGUUGCCGAUAACAGAAAUCUCUCUCUCUCUCUGUGGCUCCCAAAACUACAAAUUCAGACGAAUAUUAAGGAAAUCAAGCACAAGUACAACCGCCUUUCAUCUCUAUUCGGCUCUGAUCGGGUCACCGCCGAUUCAGCGGCGUCAUAUGAUAUGAUCCGUUCCUACGACGACUGCCGCUGAGACGAGGUGGUUUGGCGAAUUUGCUGUGAUGUGAAUUGACGCAGGAGAGCCGCCAGAAUGGAUCGAUCGACGAUUGCCGUUGGAACCAGCAUGGAGAUGCCGAUCAUGCACGACAGCGACCGCUACGACUUCGUCCGGGACAUCGGCGCCGGAAACUUCGGCGUCGCCAGGCUCAUGAGGGACAAGCACACCCAAGAGCUCGUCGCCGUCAAGUAUAUCGAGCGAGGCGACAAGAUAGAUGAAAAUGUCCAAAGGGAAAUCAUAAAUCAUAGGUCUUUGAGACAUCCCAACAUUGUUCGGUUUAAGGAGGUCAUACUGACACCAACCCAUCUGGCCAUUAUAAUGGAGUAUGCAGCUGGAGGAGAGCUUUUUGAUCGAAUAUGCAAUGCUGGUCGAUUCAAUGAGGAUGAGGCUCGCUUUUUCUUUCAACAGCUAAUAUCUGGUGUCAGCUAUUGCCAUUCCAUGCAAGUGUGUCACCGGGAUUUGAAGUUGGAAAACACUUUAUUGGAUGGCAGCCCUGCUCCUCGCCUUAAGAUAUGUGACUUUGGUUACUCAAAGAAUUCUCUGUUGCACUCACAACCGAAAUCGACAGUGGGGACUCCAGCAUAUAUUGCUCCAGAAGUGUUACUAAGGCAGGAAUAUGAUGGCAAGAUCGCGGAUGUGUGGUCAUGUGGUGUGACAUUGUAUGUGAUGCUGGUUGGUGCAUAUCCUUUUGAAGACCCUGAUGAACCAAAGGACUUCCGAAAGACGAUAAGCAGGAUUCUGCAAGUCCAAUAUUCAAUUCCUGACAAUAUUCAAAUAUCUCCUGCAUGCCGCCAUCUUAUCUCAAGGAUAUUCGUUGCUGACCCUACACAGAGGAUUACCAUGCCCGAGAUAAGGAACCACGAGUGGUUUCUAAAAAACCUCCCAGCUGAGCUCAUGGAUGAGAAGACGAUGAGCAACCAGUAUGAAGAGCCUGAUCAACCCAUGCAGAGCGUUGACACAAUCAUGCAAAUAAUUUCCGAGGCCACCGUUCCACCAGUUGGACUAUAUAACUUGGACAUGGAUGAUGACAUGGAUGACUUGGAAUCUGAAUCUGAUCUUGAUGUUGACAGUAGUGGAGAGAUCAUCUAUGCCGUCUGAUUCCAAUUCCUGUGUGAAAGGAACUCAUGGUCUCUGGAGUUUGUAACGAGAUAAAACUGUAAUUUUGUACGAGGCAAAAAUUUCUGCCAAGAUCAUCCAUCACCACAGGAAUCAAAGCUGUCACCUGGUCAAGAUACCCAAUUAUUCAGCAUAAGACAGUUGAGUUUAUUGCUUGUAGCAUACUUCUUGUGCCCCCUUUUCCUGCCCUCCCAAGACGGUUAUUUUUGCGCACGGUCAUUGCUUUUUGUUCUACCCACGGUCUUGUUUCCAACUUGUUUGCUUUUCUUUUCUUCUUUUUUCACCUCAAAAGUACCAAGUAUUGUAUAAAUUUGUUGUUGUGAUAACUGAUAUAUUACAUUACAUUUUAUC